CCUUUGGAGGAAAAAAUGGUUUCUUUGCAGAGAAAGAUAUAUAAUUUGUGAUUGUAUUCUGGGGUUGCUGUAGUUGAACUGCUUUACUUUACCUAUUGGAGGCCACUAAUAUAGAUUCUCAAUUCCAGUCGUUGUGUGCGCAUUGCAAACUCAAACUCUAUCUUGGUUAAGUUUCUGCAUUAGUUUGAGUUGGAAGUCAUCUUGGGUGUGAAUAUCGGAUAUUGGGUGAUCAAAGAGAAUGAGCUACAAUAAUCCCAACACUGGUUCUGGUAGUAGAACUGGGAGAUUGGAGUUUGGGAGGACCCAUGUGGUCAGGCCAAAAGGAACUCACCAAGCAACUAUAGUUUGGCUGCAUGGCCUUGGUGAUAAGGGAUCAAGUUGGUCCCAGCUCUUGGAAACCCUUCCUCUUCCAAAUAUCAAGUGGAUAUGCCCUACUGCUCCAUCUCGGCCAGUAGCAUUAUUUGGUGGAUUUCCUUGCACUGCUUGGUUUGACAUGGGGGACAUUUCAGAAGAUGGUCCUGAUGACAUGGAGGGGUUAGAUGCCUCAGCAGCGCAUGUAGCCAACCUCUUGUCCACAGAGCCAUCUAAUAUAAAACUAGGUGUUGGAGGCUUCAGCAUGGGUGCUGCAACUGCCCUUUACUCUGCCACAUGUCGUGUUUUAGGACAAUAUGGAAAUGGAAACCCAUAUCCAGUUAACCUUAGUGCAAUUGUUGCUCUAAGUGGCUGGCUGCCAUGUUCAAGCUAUAUUUCUUAUAGGACCUUAAGGAACCGGAUGGAGGGGUCAUGCGAGGCUUCAAGGCAUGCGGCAUCUUUGCCCAUUUUGCUGUGUCAUGGCACAGGUGAUGACGUGGUUGCACAUAAACACGGAGAGAAAUCUGCACAAACCUUAAGUGCAGCUGGAUUUCGAAAUCUCAUGUUUAGAACAUACAAUGGUCUAGGUCAUUACACCAUCCCUGAGGAAACCGAUGAACUUUGUACUUGGCUGACUGUAAGUUUGGGGCUUCAGGGAUCCCGAUCGUACUAGUCAAAAAGCAAUAAAUGGUGAAUGGUGAGAUAGUAUGCAAGGGGUUUACAAAUAUGGAUCGGUUUAUAGACAAAAAGGGACAUGAAGAGGGCAUACCGGCUAGAGUAGAUGGUGGUUUGGGGAUACAUAUAUGUUAGUGGCAGUGUUCUUGAUCGCUCUCUUUAUUUUUCUUUUGCAAAAUAAUGUCUCAGCUAUUGCAGUCGGGGGUGGGGGGAAAUAUGGUUCUCUUUGUUCACAUUCACAGAUAUUUGUUGUUUUAUAAUGAAGUGUUUUUCACUGGCCAG